ACGAAGUCUUGAACGAAGGACAAGGACUAGAAGGUGUUAAUACUAUCGGUAAAAAAGGAGAAGAGGAGGAACAUCCUUGGCCAUAUUCGAAGUCAAUGUUUCGCUACAAUGGAAGAGUGGGAAGAGAGAACAAGAGCAUCAAAUUCAUAUGUUGA